CCGUGUGGUCACCCGAACACGGAAGUGAUGCGCACGCCGAAGUGAGGCGGAAGGAAGCCGGGGGAAGGCCGACGGCGGGUCUGCCACGUCGAAACCGAAGAGCGAGACGCAGCCGGGCGACAAGUAACGGAGAAAGUUCGGAAGGAGAGAGGCAGCAGGACUUCCCAGCUUUCGGUGCACUCGGGCCGUGUGGAGCGCAGCCAUCAUGGUUUCGGUUAUCAACACUGUGGAUACGUCCCAUGAGGACAUGAUCCAUGAUGCUCAGAUGGACUAUUAUGGCACAAGGCUGGCUACGUGUUCUUCCGAUAGAUCAGUGAAAAUAUUUGACGUGAAGAAUGGAGGACAGAUCCUUGUGGCUGACUUGAGGGGUCACGAGGGCCCCGUGUGGCAGGUAGCCUGGGCUCACCCCAUGUACGGCAACAUACUGGCCUCCUGCUCUUAUGACAGGAAGGUGAUCAUUUGGAAGGAGGAGAACGGAACCUGGGACAAGAUGUAUGAGUACACAGGCCACGACUCUUCAGUGAAUUCCGUGUGCUGGGGCCCCUAUGACUUUGGGCUGAUUCUAGCUUGUGGCAGCUCGGAUGGUGCCAUCUCCCUGCUCGCUUUCUCAGGUGAUGGGCAGUGGGACAUCAAGAAGAUCACUAAUGCGCACACUAUUGGCUGCAAUGCGGUGAGUUGGGCUCCGGCUGUGGUGCCCGGUAGUCUCGUUGAUGUGCCAUCGGGUCAGAAGCCAAACUACAUCAAGAGGUUCGUGUCAGGAGGCUGCGACAACUUGGUCAAGCUCUGGAAGGAGGAGGAUGGACAGUGGAAGGAGGACCAGAAACUAGAAGCCCACAGUGACUGGGUGCGAGACGUGGCCUGGGCUCCCUCCAUAGGACUCCCUACCAGUACUAUUGCCAGCUGCUCGCAGGACGGACGGGUCUUCAUAUGGACGUGUGAUGACCCUGCGGGGAACACGUGGACUGCCAAGCUGCUGCACAAGUUCAAUGAUGUGGUGUGGCACGUGAGCUGGUCCAUCACUGGCAAUAUCCUGGCUGUCUCUGGAGGGGACAAUAAGGUGACAUUGUGGAAGGAGUCUGUGGAUGGCCAGUGGGCCUGCAUCAGUGAUGUCAACAAGGGCCAGGGCACAGUGUCCUCCAACACAGAGGGGCAGCAGAAUGAGCAAUGAGGUGGGGCUGUGCAGAAUGGGAGUGUCUCUGGCCUCCUUGCCAAUGGGACCUACAAGCCAGAGUUGGCGCUGCCUUCAGGGAGAGGAUUCCAAUGGCCAACACCAGAAGGAGCACACACUCCCACAGAGACAUUGGUUUUAUACCCAUUUUCAGUCCCUGCCUGUAAUGCAAAGUUAUGGAGCCCAACCAGUCCAUGUUGCUGAGAUCUUGAAUCAAACCUUAAUUAUUUUGCUAAAAAGUUCCUUGUCUUAUUGUCAUUUGACCUCACCAAAAUAAGGUAUUAAUAAAGUAUGUCAAUGUUU